AUGACGGACAGCGGCAAGUGUGCGUUUGUUCUUGGGAUCGAGCUUUUGGACGGUGAAGAUGGCAGUGUGACACUAUGUCAGCGUCGGUAUGUCGAUGAUAUCCUCAAGCGCUUUGGCAUGGAUGAUUGCAAGGCAGUCGCAAGUCCAGUCGACAUGAGCUCUCGACUUGUUUCAAGUGAUGCAACUACCAAGGUCGAUGCUCCUUUUCGCGAAGCUGUUGGUGCGUUGAUGCACCUGACCACUGCAACGCGUCCGGACAUUGCGUUUGCUGUGGGCUAUGUGUCGCGGUUCAUCGAAAAUCCACAAGAAGAACACUGGGUUGCAGUUAAGCGUAUCUUUCGCUACCUACAAGGCACCAAGACGCAUGGAAUUUGCUACAAGCCAAGUGCAAGGAUCGACUUUCGUGGAUAUUCGGAUGCGGAUUGGGCUGGUGACCUUACCGACCGCAAGUCAACAUCGGGGUACACGUUCAUGCUACUCGGUGCGCCAGUGAGUUGGGGCAGCAAGAAGCAGCCAAGUGUUUCGUUGUCCACGACUGAAGCUGAAUACAUCGCACUCAGCUUGGCGAUUCAAGAGGGCAAGGAGAUUGAUCGUCUGCUUUGUGAGAUCGUGAUGGCUGCCAAUGAAGAAGGACCGGAACUCAUGAUUCAUGAAGACAAUCAGUCAUGUAUCAAGAUGACGAAGAACCCGGUCAACCACGGCCGUGCCAAGCACAUUGAUAUCAAGUACCAUCACAUCCGUGAUGAGGUCAAGCGCGGUGAAGUGAAGCUCAAGUACUGUGAGACUACGGUGAUGUUAGCAGACAUCAUGACGAAGGGACUUCAUGGACCACGCCACAAGGAGAUGACGACGGCUCUCGGGAUUCGUGAGCAUUCGGAUUGA